GGCGAUUGUACGCAAAGAUAUCGCACGUGUACUGAUUUAUUGCCAUUAGUGGGGAUUUAAGUGUUAAGAAAAACGAGUCUGUGAUAAAUGCACGUCCUUCAUGUAUUAACAUUAGUAAAUAGAGUUAAUAUGGCGACCGUACUAUGCUUGCAGAUGUUAAGUUACCCUGACUGAAGGCGGUGUGGAUAGGACGAGCGCGCUAGUUGGUGUGCGGAGGAGGGGUGUGUAAACAAAACCACCGCACAUUGUUUUCGAUUUACAAAUGAAGACCAAUUGGCUGUCCACAAACAUGAGAUGACACUAAAGUUUGGUCCAGCAAGAGGCAACAGUGUCAUAGUAGCCGACCAAACGCGAACACCUGCACGCUUUUUGAAGAACUGUGAGGAAGUUGGACUCUUCAACGAGCUUACCAGUCCUAUGGAACAUUACUUCAAAAUAACUGCUGUGGCUGACAUCAAAAAGGUGACUAGUUACUAAUCAGUGGUUCUGUCAAGAAUAAUGCUCUUUACAUUCGUAGUACAGGUUCCUUCAGAUUUGAUCUUAUCUGAUCUGUUGACAUUUGUUUCUGACAUGUAGAUGCCCUUGGAUUUGUCGCCUCUUGCCACACCGAUGAUCAUACAAAACAAAAUUGAGGACCACUCAGCUGUGGCGGCACACCGGGACCGCCCUCUGCCCCAUCCGGAAUCUACAACAAGGGAUGACAAGCCGUCCUCACUGCCAAGCUCUACUAUAGUCCAUCCUGCAUCCCUCCAAGUCCCCAAUGUACUUCUAUCAACCUCAGACGCUAGUGUUGUUAUAGAGCAAGCUCUCACAUCGCCAACAUCUAGCUCUGUAAUUACCCAAGCCUCAUCCUCUAAAAGGCCAAUAGUUCUUCUCUCUUUCCCUGUACUCUUUCAGCUGCCUAAUGGACAGACCAUGCCCGUCGCUAUCCCAUUAACCAUCGCAUCCAGUGUACACAUUCCAACCGCCGUUCCUAAGCUGAAAGCAGUACUGAGCCAGCAGCUCCCUCAGGCGUCCGAGGCGCCCCCUGCCCAGCACACCACAACCACAGGGGGGCCGGCAACGCAGAGCCACCAGCGAAGACCCAGACGAGAAGAGGCGCAAGUUCCUGGAACGCAACCGAGCAGCGGUGUCCCGCUGCAGACAGAAGAGGAAGGCCUGGGUGUCUACCCUGGAGAAGAAGACUCAGGACCUCAACUCUAUGAACGGACAACUACAGGUAUACUCCCAGUCGGUAUUAGACAGAGGUGAGACCAAGUCACUAUUAUUCGAGUUUCAAGCAAGUCACAAGGUCCAUGUCUCAAGUCGAGUCCCAAGUAGAACGGGUUAAGUCUCGAGUCAAGUCCAAGUCGUGCAUUCAAAGAGCAAGUCAAGUCGAGUCACAAGUUGUUGUUUUUUCAAAUCAAG